AAAACAAUAUAAACAAUACUAUCUAUUUUAUGCAUAAUCAUCAUAAGUGAAAUAUGUUUAUGUAAAAGAAAAAUCAUUACCAGAAAAAUGAGCGACGAUAUUUAUUACGGUAAAAGUAUAGGUCUCUGGAUGUCUGAAAAGAAGAGUCAAAAACUUAACUGGAAGGAAUUGAUCAAAGCUUGUAACUUACACGGUUAUAAUCUGGUUAAGUUAGAUUUAGAGAGGGCUUUUGAAGACCAAGGAAGAAUAGAUGUUUUUUUGCACAAAUUAACUGAUGUCAUAGCAGCAGCUGAUCAAGGUGAUAUGAAGGCAGCAAAUAUUAUAAGUCAUGUGGAGCAGUAUUUAUCAAAUCAUCCUAAUAUAAUUGUGAUUGACCCAUUAGAUAAUGUGAGGAUUUUAUUGAAUAGGUACUGUUAUUACACAUUAUUGCAAAAUGAGUCAUCAUUUCAAAGUCAAGGUAUCUUCACACCUGCCUUUGCAGAAUUCACAACAAAUAAUACACAACAUAAUAUUGAGAUUAUGAGGCAAAGAGGUGUAAGAUUUCCAGUUAUAUGCAAACCAACUAUAGCACAUGGAUCUAAAUCAGCACAUGAAAUGGUUCUAAUAUUUAAUGAGAGAGGCCUCAAUGUAGUCAAACCACCUUGUGUUGUUCAAAGUUUUGUAAAUCAUAAUGCAGUUUUACAUAAGGUGUUUGUUGUGGGAAACAGAUACCACAUAUGUGAAAGACCAAGUCUUAAAAAUUUCUAUGCCUCUGAAGACUUGGAUCCAAUAUACUACAGUACUGGAGAAGUUUGUAAAGCUGAUAGCCAAUCCACACUGUCUAUAUUAGACCCCAAUGAUAAGGCUGAUAUAAAAAUGUGUCUUAAUGAAGACAAAAUAAAAGAUAUAAUCAAAGUAAUGAGAAAGAAGAUUGGCUUAAUACUGGCUGGAUUUGAUGUAGUCAUAGACAAUAUAACAGGUAAUCAUGCUGUUAUUGAUAUUAAUGUAUUCCCUAGUUAUGAUAAUUUUCCGAACUUUUUUGAACAUUUAUUAGAUUGUAUUCAAGAUACUAUAAGAAGUUCGAAUAGUGAUAGUAGUUUAGAUGGUAGUGGCAGAAUAGAUGACUAUGGUGACAAUUAUAGGCCUAAUGGCUUGAUUAACAUAGGUGGUAGUCAUAAUCAUGUUGUAACAGGUAUGAAUAUAAUUUAGUUAAAAAUAAUGAUUGAAUCGAUAUUAUCAGAUUAAUGGGACAUGGGCAAUUUAAUAAAUAUGCUAGGUCUGAAUAUAGGACAGCUUUCGAG